CCCACUCCUUGAGCCACAGGUGCUGCCCAAGACAUUUCUCUUUAAUGAGGCCAUAAAGGGGCAACUGUGCCUUAUGUGGAAUUGACCCUGGGGUUUGGUUUUUAGUUAAGAAAAUGAGGCAGAUGGAAGCAUUAACCAAGACCUUCCAAGGCCCAGCUGUUGUCUGCAAGACUCCAACUAGCCAUGUUUACAUGUUUAAGAAUGGCAGUGGGGACUCCGGGGACUCCUCUGAGGAAGAGGUGCACCCUGUGGUUCUGAGACCCAGGGGCAAGGAACGCCAGAAGAGCGGUACCCACCAUCCUCACCAGCUGGGAGCAGGCGAAGUGGUGCUACUGCAGCGGGACUUGGCCCAGGGGGACAGCCUCAACAAGCUGGCUCUGCAGUAUGGCUGCAAAGUUGCAGAUAUCAAGAAAGUCAACAACUUCAUCAGAGAACAGGACUUAUUUGCUUUGAAAUCUAUUAAGAUUCCAGUGAAAAACCAUGGAAUCCUAACAGAGACCCACAAAGAAUUGAAACCCCUCCCGAACCCAUCUUCAGAAACCAAAGUGAUCAUGGAACUGCCCGAUCCAGACAGAGAAGCUGCAGACUUUGAUGCCCAACCCAAGCGACUGACAGAUUUCUUUAAAGGAAUUGACCAGAACAUUGAGCGUGCAGUGCAGUCAGAAAUGUUUUUGCAAGAAAGUUGCUACGUGGAGACCUCUGAUCUGCUGCUGCUCCCACCUCCUGCAAAGACACGGAUAAGUGGUGCAGAUUGUGGAAUUCAGUGGUGGAAUGCUGUUUUCAUCAUGCUCCUAAUUGGGGUUGUUUUGCCAGUCUUUUAUUUAAUUUAUUUUAAAAUACAAGCUACUAGUGAGACCCCUAGUAACUUGAACACAACUUUUGUCCCCAAUGGCUCGAUGGCAGUGGGUACAAUUCAAGGGCAAGCCCCCAGACUAGUGAUUCCAGUGCCAACUGUCACCUCUUCAGACAUCCAGUUCAGUCAGACCACUCACACAGGGAACUAAGCUGUUGUUUUUCAAGAAUCAGCCCAGUUUUAGCAGUUGGUUCUUGUGUAUGUCAGCUGUCAUCAGCCUUCUAAAGCUGCUAGAUUUCAUUUACUGGGACAGAUGGACAUGUCGCAGAAGUCACCACAGUGUCUCAAUCACAUGGGCCCUGGAGAGGGGCCUCUCCUAAUGCAAGGCUGCAUGACCUAAAACACCAGGCCCUCAGCCAGGAAGGUGCAGCAAGAGCCAUUUACAUGUAACACGGGGCUGUUUCUUGAAGACUUAGUGGGCUGGCUGAGAGUGUCUUCAUGGCAUUCCUGUCUGGGCCCCCAUGUUGGAUGUGCUUUGGGGGAAGGGGUGGCCUCAGCCAAGGGACCUGUAGUGUGGGAGCCUCUGGGAUAGGCAUGGGGUGCCUGGCUAUAGUAGUUUCCCACCUGCUUGAGGGGGGACUGGCUCUAGGAAGUAACGUGCUGUGUGUCCCUGGCAAAAGUGCUGUGGAAUAGUCUUGGUGUUACCCUGUUUUAAAGAGUGACAAAUUACAGUUGUAAUGAGCCCUACCUCAUAUUUGCCUCAUCAGCGUUUUUGAGACGAUGCCAUUUCUAGAACUGAAAAAGCCCAAAUUCAAACUGCUGUACUAUUAAAGGAGCAGCAGCUGUAUUGUGCUUCGGAGCUGUGUGCAGCCAUGUCUUAAGCUGAACAGCCAGGGCCAUUGCCCAGUGCCACUCUAGGAGCCUUCCCAGGCUGUGGACACCUGCAUUCUCCAAGUCUGCAUUCUUGGAAAGAGCUCUUGCUGCCCAGCUCACUCUGCCAUUGAGGGCCACAGGAUUCUCUAACCUCUGCCACAGUGAUUUCACCAGACACGGUAUAGGUUCCCAUGGGAAAAAAUCACUUUGCCAGUCAAAGUAUGAAUGUCUAUAUCCUUUACUUUUCUCAAAUGGAAUAAAAUCAUUGCU